GCCGAGAAAUUUUCUUACUUACUAAUGUGAGUUGGACGAAGCAAAGUAAUAAUAAUCACAUUGAAACGGCACUGAUACAGUUGCAUACGCAUUUGAAGAUGAUGAACGCACAGGUGGUUAAGAAAGAAGACGUUGUGCCGCGCCAGCAGCUGUUUAAUUGCGCUUACACUGAUUGUGGAGCGACAUUCACUCGUCAUUGGCGUCUGCGUGAGCACGAGACCGUGCAUACCGGUGCACGACCUCACAAGUGUGCUGUAACCGAAUGUGGACGCAGUUUCACUCGUAAAUCGCACCUGGGCCGACAUGCUUUAACUCACAGCGGGGUGAAAGACUUGAAGUGCAGUGCCGCUGCAUGUGGCAAGAGCUUCUUCACUGCUGACAAACUUAAGAGGCACGUGCGCUACGCUCACAGCGAACAACGCGAAUGUUUCAAGUGUAAAGAGCCACAGUGCGCAAAGACGUUUAGGAAACGGCGAGCGUUCAAACUGCACCUGGCGACACACGGUACAUCCGGUUUCAGAUGCUUGAAGAGCGGCUGUGGAAUGAGGUUCGAGUCUCACAUUAUGCGGAAAGCGCAUGACCGAAGACAUUCAGGUUAUCGCUGUCCUCAUGCUGAAUGCCCAAUCAGUGUUCACACUUGGAGGAAAUUACAAAAACACAUGUCAAGUCACCCAGCAUCAUUCUCCUGUAUGGUAUGUAAAAAAGCCUUCAGAAAGCGAGAUUUUCUGAGGAGACACAAGCGGACGCAUGCAUUACAGAAGCCAGUUCUGCUCUGUCCAAGUCAGGGCUGCCAGGCUUACUUUUCCACCACCUUCAACCUGCAACACCAUAUUCGGAAGAUUCAUCUACAGCUGCUUUCACACCGUUGUUCUUUUCCUGGCUGCAGCAAGAGUUUUGCCAUGCGUGAAAGCCUUAUCCGCCACCUGUUGCGUCACGAACCUGAUGUGGCCAAACUCAAGCACCAACAUAAGCGGAGCAGCAAGAGUUGGCAUAAACGUUUGGAAGGGCGAAAUCGGCGUCCUCUGAUUGAAGACCUUAGAGCUCUCUUUUCACUGCGCAUGAAGAUCUCUCAGAGGGCUAAACUGGAAGCUGAUCUGACUGGCCUCUUUAAUGAGCGUAAAAUUCCUCACUAUGUUGAUCCUGAAGUAAACCUUCGAGAUCUGUUCAGUAUCAGUCCAGCUAAGGUGGCUGAUAAAUAGUUUUUUUUUUUUUUGUUUGUUUUUUUU